AUGAAACAAGCCGAUGCUCCGAUUGCCUCUCGUAUGAAAAAGGGCCUGAGCUUUGAAAAUGCGAAGCGAAAUUUGAUCGGAUCGGUGCUGGGGAACCUCUACGACGGCGAAUUCCCGAAGACAAAAAUGAUCAACGUGUACGAGACGCUCCAGUCACCCGAUUUGUAUGUCGAGAAUUUUCGGCCCAUCAUCGAGGCGAGCAGAGAUUAU